AUGCUAGAUACUCUCGAGGCUCUUCAAAAACCGGACGGGUUCUACCCAGAAGACUCGUCCGUAUUGCAGAUUCGUGCUGCCAAUGGCGGCGUUGUGAUAUUAGCGAGUCCGCUGGCGACCCGUUUCCAAAGUCUCCUUGGAACGACAUCCUGGAGCAACAUCAGUGCUCCAACAGUGAACACUAACGAAAACAAUCAGAACGACCAUAUGCUGACUGAGAACCUGCUCUCCAAUUACUCGAUCUCUUCCCUUUUAUAG